GUGGAAGCCACCACGUGUGUCCAUUCAUCAGUUCAUUCAUUCUCGACCGACAAGCAUCUCGACUUCUACCAGUGUUAAGUCGAAAGAGUUACCACUUUUAUUUGGGGUUUUCGUCGGAGUUUGUGAUUAUCUUGCCGAAUCUUACCCAAGUUUUACAGAGUUUUAUUUAUUGUCAUACAGUCUACAGCAAUUGUUGCCGACGCCAUGUCCUUGAGGUCCUUGGUCGGGGUCCCUGUCGGCUACGUCACCGUUGUCGGUGUCGUAUGCUGCAUGGGUAUUCUACAGACAAGCGCAGCCUCUAUCGUCGAGAAAUUACAUAACAGCAGAACGAGAACGAAACGACAGUCUUUAUCAAACGACAGGUGCAAACUGGACAAGGGCAUACACAGACAACUAACAGAGAUUGAAACAGAUAUUCAGAUGAUCUUCAUUCGCUACGUAUUUGACUCUCCGGGGGCAGAAUUAUUGGAAAGCUCUUCGUGUUUUCCUCCAUUACAUUCCUCGGGACACAACGGACAGUGGAUUGCUGCUCGAGUAGAACAGAUCCGCCAAUUUAUGCCGUGGUAUAGAGAGAUAGAGAGGCAAGCAAACCAACCUCAAACAGUUCUUCACUCCGGCUUUUAUCCAGCUUUCUUAGGUCUCGUUAAUUUGAUCAAUUCUACUGUGGAUCGACUAGAGCAAAGAGUAGAGACUUUGAAGAAUCGUUCGGUGUGCGCAUGUCCAGAGAGUGUACUGGACGCCACAGAAGUUUUAACAACAAGUUGUCAUGUGAUACCCCCUCCUGAUGUGAUAGCCCCCGAAUCUUUGCGAGCUCAAAUUUCUAGCGUCAUUAGGCUACUCCUUCAAAUCAUAAGCGACCUCCAUUUAAGAAGGGUGCGAGAAACUAUAUGCAGGACUGUCCCAUUGUGAUGACGUCAUCAUUCAUACUAGCCAAUCACCGACGUCUGCUCCGUUCUGGAACACCAGGGCUCCGUAACAUAAAGGUGGACGACGAAAUGCAAAUAUGAAAGAAACCCUCUGAUUGGAUCGUGCAUGGUGAAAGCACGCGUGCAAUGAUGGUUUUAAUUAGUUAUUCAUAUUUAGGUAUUGGUUACAAACCUUUAUGAUACGGAGCCAAGAUGUUAAAAUCUUUAGCCAAAAAUCUGAAACCAAUCUAUCGUACUUAAUCUCUUUAUUUUCUACAAUGUAAGUCUAUAUGUAUAUAUCGUUUUCCCUUCACAUUAUUUAUAUAAACGUAUGUCGUUAAGACGAAUUUGUCUAUAAUCUAUUUAUUGAAAAUCAUUUGCUAUUGUAAAAGUUAAUGUAUUUAUAAGCCUAUCAAUGUCUUCGAUUGAAUAUAACUGAAGAAUUGAAUCAUUAAUAUGGGAUAAAUGAUGAUAGAUAUGUGUAUUAUCUUUUAUAUCAAAGUUGAUAGGUUAAAACAUUGAUGCUAUUUGUUGCCGAAUAUAUAUUUGUAGUUUGAUGUUAAGGUUCAUAGCUCUCCUCCUGUUACAACAUUAAAGAAAAUUAUAUAUUUUUUAUGAAAUUAUAAAUAUGUGUAUCACUGUGUGUUAUCAAAAUCUGAUUAUAUUAAAUACAAGAGUGACAAGCUUGCACAAUUUAUAGAAUGUUCUUAUAAUAUGCAAGUUGAUUUUUCUUCUUUUGAAUUUUUUGGACAUAUUGUGACUUCAACACGCAGUUGGUAGGCGAGGGUUUGAACAAACUAACGGUAUUAAAAAUAAUUCCACAAAAAUACGU